AUGUCUUCAGCUGCGCAACUGCCUGUGUACAAUGAUGCAGAGAAGAAACGCCCAUCUCAUGAGUCUGAUGAGAAUGAGCUCGUCGACGGUAUCAGCAACUCCCCGAAGCUGAAGGGAGUCGAGCAACUGGAGGAGCGACUCGCCAACGAUGAGGCCGACGACGACGACUACCGCGUUGAAGCAGCUUACGAAGUCGCCAUUAAGGUGCUAUCCACUAGAGAUGAUCCUGAGCUGCAGGCUGUAACUUUCCGGAUGAUUUUCCUUGGCCUUGGCUUUUCUGCAUUUGGAGCCGUCCUAGCCCAGAUAUACUAUUUUAAACCACAGACGUUAACGGUAUCUGUGCUGCUGCUACUGGUCUUGUCGUACUGGUUCGGCAAUGCCAUGCACAUGCUGCUGCCUUCGAAAGGUGUCUUCCGAUGGAUCAACCCGGGUCCCUUCAACAUCAAGGAGCACGUUGCGAUCGUCAUCAUGACAUCAACAGCCUCGACAUCUGCUACUGCUAUUCAGGUUAUAUCCGUGCAAGCAUUGUACUACAACAAUUACAUGAACCCGGGAAUCGCGAUCUUAACUCUCAUUGCUUCGCAGUUGAUCGGAUACGGAUACGCUGGCCUCCUGCAAGACGUCCUUGUCAAGCCCACCAAAUGUUUCUGGCCCAGCAAUAUCUACACCUCCAACCUCUUCCAAGCACUUCAUUACGACAGCCAAAUGACCUCUAAGCGCGUCCGACUCUUCUGGACGGUCUUCAGCAUCCUUUUCUGCUGGGAGAUCGUCCCCGAAUGGAUCUUCCCCGUCCUCACGGGCGUAUCCAUAUUCUGCCUCGCAGACAACCACAGCGCGGUCAUCCGUGAUGUCUUCGGCGGUGCGGACAACAACGAGGGCAUGGGCCUGCUCGCGCUGUGCUUCGACUGGAACUACAUCGGCAGCAGCUCGAUGUGGCAGCCGCUCUGGUUUCAAGUCAACUCGUACAUCGGGAUAUGCUUCACGUAUAUUUUGAUGUCGGCGGUGUAUUGGGGCAACUUGUGGAAGGCGAAGGACUUUCCGUUCAUGAGUCAGGCGAUCUUCUUCGAGAACGGAACGGAGUACAACCAGACUGCGCUGCUGACUGACGGCAAGUUCGACCCGGACAAGUUUGCCAAGCUCGGGGCGGCGUAUUUCUCGGCGACCAAUGCCCUCGGGCUGAUCACCGCAAACCUGUCACUCGGCGCCCUGCUCAGCCACGUUGCCAUCUGGCACUACUAUGACCUGAAGCCGUUCUUCACGUCGCUCAACCCGUGGAACAAGAGCGUGCACGUGGUUCACGACCAGCACUGGGAGAAGAUGAAGGUGUACAAGCAAAUCCCGCGCUGGUGGUACGUCAUCGUCCUUCUGGGAGCAUAUGCAACGGCGCAAGCGACGAAUUACAGUGGAGGCUCGGGCCUGCCCUGGUGGGCACUGACAGUCCUGCUAAUGAUCGGCUUCAUCAUAUGUGCGCUAUACGCAACCCUUGCCGCGACGAUUGGUUUCUCCAGCAACGCUGCUGGGUUCUUCGAGAUGAUCACCGCAUAUAUGGUUCCUGGGGCUCCCGUAGCUAAUAUGUACGGUGCGCUGUAUGGCGGGCAGCCGAUCACGCAGGGCAUUGCGUUUCUAUCGGAUCUGAAGCUGGGACAGUAUGUUAAGCUUGCACCUCGCGUGACGUUCUGCAUGCAGAUGACUGGUACUGUCAUCGGGGCAUUGUUGAAUUACGUCAUGAUGCUAUCGAUCAUCAAUGCUCAGAGGCCCUCACUUCUAUCCAUCUCCGGCACUCGUCUAUGGUCCGGGCAGAAUGCACAAUCAUACAACUCUAACGCGAUCGCCUGGGGCGCCCUCGCCCCACACAUGUUCAGCCCACACGCGACGUACCACAUGGUACCUGUCUCUUUGGUCAUCGGCGUUUUCCUCCCUCUACCAUUCUACGUCGCUUACCGGAUCUGGCCCAAGGCGGGCUUCGAGAACUUCAACACGUCGAUCAUCAUGCUGUAUUCGUGUUGGUUGGCCGUCGGGAUCAACACUCAAGUAAACACCAGUAUGGCUAUCGGUAUCUUCGUGCAGUGGUGGGUCCGCACACGCUAUCCGCGCUGGUUCACGAAGUACAACUACAUCGUUGCCGCUGCCAUGGACGGUGGAACGCAAGUGAUAAUGUUCAUUCUCAACUUCGCUAUCUUCGGCGCAUCAGGAAAUUCUCAUACGUUCCCGCAGUGGUGGGGUAACGACCUCAGUCUAGCAGCCGACCGCUGCAUGCCACCCCCUCCAUGA